CCAAUAUAGUAAAGUUAGUAUCUUCUUUCCACCUCCCUUUAUUGACACAUUUCCUCAUAUCCACCUGUACAAGAUCCACCUUGCAUCUUGAUCAUACUUGAUACCGGGCUGAGCCUGGUAGAGCUGUCCGGAGAACAUCCACCCCUGUGCGGCCAGCAGGAGGGGCCGUGCUGAGGUGUUCGAAAAGCCGUAAAAGCUGCUGGUGUGUCGCAAACCAGGUGUUUUUUGCUAAGGUGGGGGAAGGGACGGAGGGGGUGAGGAAGGGUGAGUAGGAGGGAGGCGGGUGAGGGAGGAGGUAACUCGCGGAACGGCUGCGCUUCAGACCCAGCGAGAGGAUCAUGGCGGAUGGCCCCAGGUGUAAGCGCAGAAAACAGGCGAACCCGAGGAGGAGCAGCGUAACAAACUUCAACAAUAGCUUGGAGGCCAGUUCAGACUCAGAUGAUGAGGACAAGCUACAUAUUGUGGAGGAGGACAGCCUGUUGGAGAAUGAUGCCACGGAAACGGACGGGGCCACAGCGCUGGAGAACCAUGAUGCCGCCAUAACAGUAUUACCCCACAAUGGCUCCUGGAAUGGAGUGAAGGAGGAGUGUGUGUCGGAGGAGGAGGAGGACGAGGAGGUGAAGGACGCUCUAGUGGAUGAGAUCCUCCAGCAGAGCGACACCGCCAUCAUUUAUCCUGAAGCUCCAGAGGACGAGCAGAGUCCGGCUGAGACAGGAGACGCGGAUGAAAACGGCACAUCCGACAGCUUCUCCCACUUGCACAUUUGCCCGUACUGUUCUCGGGGCUACAAACGCAACGCCUCGCUGAAGGAGCACAUUAAGUACCGCCACGAAACCAGCGAGGACAACUACAGCUGCUCACAGUGCAGCUACACCUUCACCUACCGCUCGCAGCUGGAGAGGCACAUGAGCCACCACCGAGGCAACAAGGAGCAGCGUCACGUUUCCCAGUCCACAGCAGGAUCAGGAGGUACAGGUGGAACCCGCAAGUUCAAGUGUACCGAAUGUUCAAAGGCCUUCAAAUACAAACACCACCUAAAGGAACACCUGCGCAUUCACAGCGGUGAGAAGCCAUAUGAAUGCUCAAACUGCAAGAAACGAUUCUCCCACUCUGGCUCCUACAGCUCCCACAUCAGUAGCAAGAAGUGUGUGGGAGCAGCAACUCAGAACAGUGUGACUGUAACGGUGGUGAAGACCACGUCUCCAAGCACUCAGACUAAACCUGUUGCAAUCGCUCCAGCACGACUUCCUGUCAAAGAAAAGACUGAAAGCAAACCGCUCCAGGAGCAGCUGCCCGUCACCCAGAUCAAAUCCGAACCUGUGGAAUACGAGUGCAAGCCGGUCAUGGCGCCGCCGGCGACUUCGACCGGCAGCAAGGGAGUGGUGAACGGCGGGGCAGCGCCACCAGCAGCAGCCCCAGUGGCAGCCAUCCCUCAGAGCGUAGCCAUGGUCGUCCCAACGGUGGGCCUCGUGUCGCCGGUCAGCAUCAAUCUGAACGACCUGCAGAGCGUGCUGAAGGUGGCGAUGGAUGGAAACGUUCUCAGGCAGGUGCUGGGCUCAGCCAACGGCGUUGUGGCGCAGGGAAAGCAGGGAAUUGUAGUCCAGCAGCCUCAGCAGCAGAUCAUCAGCCUCCCUGCCUUCGUGGAUCACGACGGCACCACAAAGAUCAUAAUCAACUACAGCAUCAGCCCUGCAGCCGGCACCAACGCCGCCGCCGCCCUGCCCACGCCGCUCGUCAUCAAAAACAACCUUCCCCCUGCUCCCGUCGUCACUACCGCUGCCGCUGCCGCCCCGACCGCAACAAAAACGGAUCAGCUCGAAACGCCUGAGGUAACGGACCUCAGUCUGAAGAAAAAUCCAGUAGCAGAACCCAUUAAAGACAUGAAGACGGAGGCAACAGCAGAAGAAACCGUGAAGGAGUCGGAACCAGCUGAAGUACCCAAAUCCAGCAGCAGCAGUACGUGUUUACUGUGCGACGACUGUCCUGAUAACCUGGAGGCGCUGCAUCUCCUUCAGCAUCGCAAAGCUGCCAACGGGGAGGCCGUGGACUCGGCCGCGUUGGACCCGUCGUUUGCCGCUCUGCUAAACGAGGCCGGCGUGAUGCUGGAGGAGCCGCCAGUGGAAGACCUCCUCUCGCUCCUCAAGACUUACUUUGCCUCCAACGCCAACCCAGGUGAGGAGGAGCUGACGAAGAUCUCCAAGUCUGUCAAUAUUCCUAUGGAAGUGGUCAAGAAGUGGUUCAUCAAGAUGAAUUCUGGGAAAAACACGAGUAAAUGUCACACCGAGUCGUCAGAUCCUCCAGAAGAGACUAAAACCACAAACUGCAGCUCAGAGGAGACUUUGAAUAACGAUGAGAACGGCAGCCAGGAGGAAUGUGACAGACCUCAGUCCCGCGCCAGCUCGCCGUCAGACUCGCUGUCUCUCAGCGGGGAUCUGGUGAUCGUCAAAAGCGAGCCAGAAGACCCAGAGGAAGCAGACUCGCAAGCAGAACCUCUGGACCUCUCUCUUCCCAAACAUGAGAUCCCACCAUCAGAAAAGAAAACCACGCCUCCCCCAAAGCAGCAGGAGCAUCCUCUGAACCUGACCUGCCUGAGGAAGGACGGCCAGACGCUCUUCGUCACCACGUCUCAGAGCACCAACCCCGUCAACAUCGUCACCGCCGCCCAGCUGCCCACACUAGUGGCCAUCGCCGGUCAGGGGACGGUGGGCUGCCUCGGCACCAUCAACACCACCACAAAACGCACCAUCCUCAUCCCCCAGCUCACCUACACCUACGCAGCCGCCACCGGCAACGCCGCCGGAGCCAAGACUGUCGUCCUCAACGGCCAUAAGGAGAAACGUUCAGAGAGCAACACUGACGGGGCUUCCUCUGCAGAGGAGCAGGACAGCAAGAAGCGACGGGUGGAAAAUGGCGUCUAUCCCUGUGAUCUUUGCUCCAAGGUCUUCCAGAAGGGCAGUUCGCUGCUCAGACACAAAUAUGAACACACAGGAAAACGGCCCCAUGAAUGCACCAUCUGCAAUAAAGCUUUCAAACACAAGCAUCAUCUGAUCGAACACUCCAGGCUGCACUCCGGUGAGAAACCCUACCAGUGCGACAAAUGUGGGAAGCGCUUCUCCCAUUCAGGCUCGUACUCGCAGCACAUGAACCACCGCUACUCCUACUGCAAGAAGGACUGGUCCAUCCUGGGCUCCGGCCUGGGGUCACGCAGGGGUCAGUUGGAGCUGGGCAGCCCCGGCGGCGGCACGCUGUCGGACAGCCGGACCACUACGCCGCAGUCCCAAAUGGACUCGGACGAGCGGGAGAGCGAGGAAGAGGAUGACGAGGCCAUGUGUGUGGACGACAUCCGGGUGGUGCAGGUGGACGACGGCGAGUGCGAGAUCUACGAAGGCAACUUCGACGACGACGAGGAAGAGGAAGAGGAGGAAGAGACGGAGGCUGGGCAGGCGCGGGGGGAGGGACAGGAUUUUUUUUGCGACGUGGUGGAAGUGGAGCUGGGGAACGAACACGCAGAGAACGGCACUUCGGAGGGGAAACGCGAAGAAAAGGAGGAACCGGCGGGCGCAGCAGCGGAGAAACGGGCGGACUGCGAAGCAGAAACAGACAAAGUCAUGAAGGAGGAAUCGGACAGCACUGAGGAGUCGCAGGAAGCUGCGAAAACGAAAUGAAGGAACCCGAUUCCUCUGUUGAAGUCAUUUCAGACAAAAACCACAUCAAGAAGCAGCAAGUCUGAAAGUUGCCUAAUCUUAACGGUCCACUACUGUGUGCAAAAACCCAGGUGUGCCUGAACUUAGAAAAAAACAAAGACAGUGACUUUUUAUUUGUGAAAAGUAAAAUAUUCAUGUUUUAAAGUGUUUAUAGAAGUACAGAUUUGAAGUAGUACCAUCUAUUAUCUUGUUAGACUUGUUACUGAGACUUCCCAGGUUUUUUUUUUUUCCUCAGCCAGUCAGUGUUACUAAUCUUGUUCUUGUUUGAAGACAUUUUAACCUGUAUAGAGAAAGAUUUCUAUACCUUUUUAUUGCCAAUGAAUUUUCCUAAAUCAGUAUUUAAUUGAGUUUGACGAACAAAAACCUCUGCACUACAGUAUUCCUAGUUUACCUACGGAUACAUGCCUCAUGCAUCGUAUGCCCUUCAGUGUUGUAUAUGUACGCUAGUUAGCGGGUUGUUGUUUGUGUUAGUGUUAGCCUUCGCUAGCUGGCGUUCUGUUUGUUUUCAGUUUCGACUGUUAGCCUUAAGGAAAACUAGGUAUUCCUGGGGAUGGGGUGGGGGGAAUGGGACGGGUCGGGACGGGACGGGAUGGGUCGGGACGGGUUGGGACGGGACGGAGAGGAGAAGGCGGCUUCUGUUUGCCAUAACCAAAUUAGUCCAAUCAGGGAAGAAAAGGUCAACCUCAAAGCCAGCAUCGGCGCUUCUGUGGACGGACCGGAGAAGAGCUCCGCCUCCAGGCUCGUCUUCGGGUCCAAAACACACACACACACACACGCACACACACACACACACACACACACACACACACACAAUCCUAUCAAUCUUCUCCUGCUUUUCCGUUCCACUUUAUUUUCUCUGUGUCAGUGUUAUCAGCUUACAUUUGAAGUGUAUGUGAAGGAUCAGGUUGCUUCCUGCUCCACCCCGAUGCCUCCAGCCUUAUGCAAGACCUGUGUGCUGUUAAAAGUGCCAUUGAACAGUGUUAUUUCUUCUUCUUCUUCAUGUUCUUCUUCACAUGUAGCCAGUAUUAUGUUCCUCUCUUAUUUACACACCACCCAUGUUGGUUAAUGUUUGUUAGCGCGCACAGAACAGUGAACUUGUCACAAAUACAAGAUCUUUUCCAAUAUCAUAGGAUGCAUCAAUGACUAAGCAACUGCAGCGAAUUUUAUCACAAUGAGUUUUGUUCUCUAUAGUUCUUUAUAAUCAUUUGAUUAAAUAUAACAAUACACUAGCAAAACUUACCAUGAAAUGUUUUUUUGCUCAAAGUAACCAAGCAGCUAUUAAGUCAAUUAAACCCAUUCAGACCUGAUGCAAGCUUUUCCUUAAAGAUUUAGAAAACUCAGGAGCCUGGAUGCUCCGGUUGCCAUGUCAACCCAUGCUAAAAAUAUUAAAAACUUUACAGUUUCAAGACCACUAAAGGUUUCUAUCUUAACAUUUCAAGUCAUUUACAGAAGCGCCAGUGAAAAUGCUGGAGUGACCAGAUAUAUGAACGGUUUGACUAGAAAACGUUUGGUUUCCCCUCCCCCACUUGUUGCUGCGCACUGCCAGUUAGCAGAUAAUAGCAUGAGAAAACCACUGUAGCACAACGGUUACCGUCUUAUCAAAAUAACGCUGCUUUACAGCUGAAGUUGCAUCCGACUGCAGGCUGGCCAACCUGAGCAGAUAGCCUGACUAAUUAACCAGCUCAUAUAUUGUUAUACAAUAAGAUUUUUAUAAAUGUUCAUAUUAGUAGGAUGCAACAUUUUAGGUACAGUAUGAAUAAAGAGUGCUUUGUUUUUAUUUUUUGUGUAUAAAUACUGUCGCACACCAGACAAGAACUUUUCUACAAAGUUUUGAGGCGUCUCAUUAAUGAAAAACUUUGUGUUUUCUGAUAAAACUAUUUUUUAAUCUUUGUUUAUUCAUACCUAUAUUCAACUGACACUUUAGCUUGUAUAAACUUAAAAUAGAAAUAACAGUUUGAACCUUUUGUUUUUUGUUUUGCUUCAUUGCAAAAACACAAAAUCUUACCAAGUAUUUUAGUUUAGUUUCUAGCGCAAAUAUCUUUAUCCACUUGAAAUAAUACAAAACUAACUUGCAACUAACUUUUCAGCAAGAUAUAAGAACUUAUGAUAAGUCAACAAUUUCUAAUUAUUAAUGAAAAAGUACUAUAAGUGACAUUUUAACUUAUAAUAUGGGAAAAAUGUCUUGUUCCACUGGCUGAUUAUUUAUCUUGCAGCCAGCACUAUUUCAUCAAUAUUAAGGAAUUGAAGACUUAAAACAAGCCUCUAAAUCUGGAUGGAAAGUUAUUUCUAAGUUCUGUCUUAUUUUAAGUGUGCUAAGAUAUUUGCUCUACAAACAAGUCUAAAAUACUUUGGAUUUUGUGUUUCUGCAGUUAUUUACUUUUCCCAUCCUUAACUAACCUAUAUUUUAAAUGGAUUGUAACCAAUAAUUUAUUCUCAAACUCAUUAGGAAAAAUGUUUUAUAUUUCGAAUUGCACCCAGGAGAGUGAGGAUUAAAGAGACAGUAAAUGGUUUUUGGAAAUGAUGAAAAAGGAGCAAAAUCAAAGUAUUAAUUUGAAAAAGACGUUAGAUUCAAUUGAAUUCAGUCUAAAAUGAAUUUGGUGAAAUGUCUGCCAAUUUAUGACUGAUUUCUGAUCUAAAAAUGAUACAAUAUACAGAAAGGAUAAAGUUUGUGCAUCUGGUCCUAAUGGGUAGUUUUGCCACUCAGCGUUGUCCUGUACCUUUAAAGCUGUAAAAUGUUCUCAGUUUAGGUUGAGGUUUAGCUUGAUAUGUUUUGUCCUGAUCUGGUUUUAAAAAAGAGAGAUGAAACUAUUAGAAACAUUAAUGAAUUAGAGCAGAUUUUCUCUUGUGCACUUGUUUUUCCUCAAAAACAGAACUGUGACAAGCUGUCCCGCACUUCAGGUAACAAACAUUAGUGAAUGUGGUCUCUGAAGAGUUUUGAGUUGUUUUUACCCAAACAGUGUUUUAUAGUGCUUUUGUUUUCUGUCCCUUUUUACUUUUUUUUUUUUUUUUUUUUUUUUUUUUUUUUGCUUUUUAUGUGUUUUUGUCAAUAACAGCAGUAUUUGAACCCUUUUCACAGGAAAAAAAACAAACAUCCGGUUUAGUUUUUAGAAAACUUUUUUAUAUUUAUGUGUCUUAUUUUUAUAUUUUCUUUUAUGCUUAUUUAUUACACAUUGUAGUGUACAUUACUGUAGUUUGAAUUGAUACAAUAAUAUAUUUUAGUAUGAAAAAUACUCUUGAGGCAAACAAGAAUCCCAAAAUGUGGUUCUGGGAGAUGAAGUUUGUUUUAACAAAAAAUAGUUUAAAAAAAAAAAAAAAAAAAAAAAAGAAGAUUAAAAUAAAAAGUGUACUCUGUAAACUUGACUUUUGUUUUAAGCUGAGAAAAUAAAGGAAAAAAAAAAGACAGGAAUGAAGUGAGAAAUAGAAACUGUUACAUGUGCAUCCGUCGUUAUUAAGCUACUGAAUUCUGUGACUUUAAACGCAUGAGUCGUUGCCGUUUUAAUGAAGGAUCUUGUUAUGAAGUCGUUAAUCCUCCUUUUUUUUAUUUUAUCAAGCCAAAUCUGCAUCGUCCCGCCGCCCUGUCUUUUGUUGUGUGCCAACUUUGUAUUUUCCAUUGUACCGUUGAAGGCUGCAUAAUGUUUGUCUAUACAACCCUUUGUAAAUCCACUGUCUUUUUGUAUGGUUUUUAUUUUAGGUUUGCUCCAUUUUUAUGACUCCCCAUCACAAUAAAAUGUAAGACAGCA